CAGCCAAGGCUCGCAUGGGCUCACGCUAGGCUCGCGUGCGAUACGAUUUGGCGGUCUUCUUUAUCCGCAGCGCGCGUUACAGUUUUGAGCGGGCAAACGCUUAAUUCCUGGUUUGUUGUUGACGAAGGAAAGCUCGCCCCGAAACACGCGGCAAGGUGUUUUCGGCAACUGUGAUCUCAUCGCCCUGCGACUGCCGCGAUCAUGUCUGACAGCAGCGACGGCAGUGAAGAUGCCCAGGAGCAACCCAGCUCAGAGCCACAGAUCGGCUCUGGCGAAACUCCAGAUGACGUGCCGUUUGAAACUUUGCUUACUGAUGUCUGCUGCCAUCCAACACGGGAUGCAGUGGCUAUUGGCACUGUGGAAGGCGAUGCCUUUGUCCAUUCAUAUGCCUUGGACAGUCCUAGUCGCGAGCUGCUGCACCUGACGCACCACCGCACGUCCUGCCGCAAACUCCGGUUCUCGGCUGAUGGCUCAAUGCUCUUUACGGGCUCCAAGGAUCAGUCCCUGUGCAUGGUGGAUCUGAAUUCGGGUGCAGUGACACAGCGCCUCCCAGAGGCCCACAGUGCACCCAUCUACAGCCUGUGCGUUGUGGACGAGCACCUGCUGGCGUCCGGCGAUGAUGAUGGCCAUGUCAAGGUGUGGGACCGCCGGCACAACACUGCUGUCAUGGAAUGCCGGGAGAGUGAUGACUUCAUCAGUGACUUGGCCACAGGUGACAACCACAGGGUACUGCUGGCCACCAGCGGGGAUGGGACUCUGACAGCCUUCAAUCUAAGGCAGCGUGCUCUCCAAUUGCAGUCGGAACCCUUCGAGGAUGAGUUUCUCUCUCUGGCCAUACUCAAGCAUGGCCGUAAAGUGCUGGUCGGUGCAGGCGACGGUAGUGUGAACUUGUUCAGCUGGGGCCGCUGGGACAACAUGGGUGACCGGCUUCCACUGGGCCGCUCGCAGGCUGUUGACAGUCUGGUUGCCAUCACUGAAGACCUCUUCUGCUUGGGCACUGCUGACGGUCGUGUUCGGGUGGCGAGCGUGCUCCCUAACAAGUGCAUAGGCGUGCUAGGUUCGCAUGGCCACUUCCCUGUUGAGAGCCUGUCGGUGUCUCGCGAUAGGCAGCUCGUGGCCAGCUGCUCGCAUGACCAACGGGUCAAGUUCUGGGAUGUGUCCUCCGUGGAGAACCUUCGGCCACCAAGUCAAGACUUUUUCGCUGGCCUGGAGGCCUGACCUGACUGAAAGUGAACAAAGCGCAUAGCGUUGGUGAUGACAAGCUGUUGUAAGCGUGGUUGGUAAGCCACGCUUUGUUGACCACACUUGCAAGUCUGCCCUUGCUCUUACUGUUAUUAAGCAUAGUAAAAGACUGUUUUUAUCCAA